GCUCCGGGGAUGAGCUCGGGGGCGGCUGGGUGCGAGCUCCUGCCUCUGAGGCGAAGGCGGCGGCGGCGGCGGCAGCAGAGGCGGCGGCGGCGAGGCCCCCGUGGGCCGGCGGCGGGCCUCAGCCGCGGCCUCCACUUCUCCGCUCGCCGGCGGGAUGGCGCCCGGGCUCCGGAGCAGCCGCGCUAGCGGAGGCCCGCGGCCGCGCUGCUGAGGCGAGCCCGCCAAACUCCCCUCCCCCCCCCUGCGUCCGCGACCCCCCGCACCUCGCCCCCUCCCCGCCCCUCCUCCGCCUCGGUGCCCGGCGCGGCCCCGGACCACUAUGACCAUGAGAUCCGCAGUGUUCAAGGCGGCCGCGGCCCCUGCCGGCGGCAACCCUGAGCAGCGACUGGACUACGAGCGGGCUGCGGCGCUGGGCGGGCCCGAGGACGAGCCCGGGGCGGCCGAAGCCCACUUCCUUCCCCGGCACCGUAAGCUCAAGGAGCCGGGGCCCCCGCUGGCCUCCUCCCAGGGCGGCAGCCCCGCGCCCUCCCCGGCCGGCUGCGGCGGCAAGGGCCGGGGUUUGUUACUCCCGGCCGGGGCGGCCCCCGGGCAGCAGGAAGAGAGCUGGGGCGGUUCGGUGCCCUUGCCCUGCCCGCCCCCGGCUACCAAACAAGCCGGCAUCGGUGGGGAGCCGGCGGCGGCCGGCGCCGGCUGCAGCCCCCGACCCAAGUAUCAGGCGGUGCUGCCCAUUCAGACGGGCUCGCUCGUGGCGGCGGCCAAAGAGCCUACGCCCUGGGCUGGGGACAAGGGUGGGGCGGCUGCGCCGGCUGCCACCGCCUCGGACCCGGCGGGACCCCCGCCACUACCUCUGCCCGGGCCGCCACCACUCGCGCCCACCGCUACCGCUGGGACCCUGGCGGCCAGCGAGGGCAGAUGGAAGAGUAUGAGGAAGAGCCCUCUCGGGGGUGGCGGCGGUUCGGGAGCCUCCAGCCAGGCCGCCUGCCUCAAACAGAUACUCCUGCUGCAAUUGGACCUCAUCGAGCAGCAGCAGCAGCAGCUGCAGGCCAAGGAGAAGGAGAUCGAGGAGCUCAAGUCCGAGAGAGACACGCUCCUUGCUCGGAUUGAACGUAUGGAAAGGCGGAUGCAGCUGGUAAAGAAGGAUAACGAGAAGGAAAGGCACAAGCUGUUUCAGGGCUAUGAAACUGAAGAGAGAGAGGAAACUGAGCUAUCGGAGAAAAUUAAAUUGGAGUGCCAGUCAGAGCUUUCUGAAACAUCCCAGACUCUGCCUCCCAAGCCUUUCUCCUGUGGGCGGAGUGGAAAGGGACAUAAAAGGAAAACCUCAUUUGGAAGUACAGAAAGAAAGACUCCAGUAAAAAAGCUGGCUCCUGAAUUUUCAAAAGUCAAAACAAAAACUCCUAAGCACUCUCCCAUUAAAGAGGAGCCCUGUGGUUCCUUAUCUGAAACUCUUUGUAAGCGUGAAUUGAGGAGCCAAGAAACCCCAGAAAAGCCCCGGUCUUCAGUGGACACUCCACCAAGACUCUCCACUCCCCAAAAGGGACCCAUCGCCCAUCCCAAGGAGAAAGCCUUCGCAAGUGAGAUAGAAGAUUUGCCGUACCUUUCCACCACAGAAAUGUAUUUGUGUCGUUGGCACCAGCCUCCCCCAUCACCAUUACCAUUACGGGAAUCCUCUCCAAAGAAGGAGGAGACUGUAGCAAGGUGUCUGAUGCCAUCAAGUGUUGCAGGAGAAACUUCAGUCUUGGCUGUUCCUUCUUGGAGGGACCACUUGGUAGAGCCUCUAAGGGACCCAAAUCCUUCAGACAUUUUGGAGAACCUGGAUGACAGUGUGUUUUCAAAGAGGCAUGCAAAACUGGAGCUGGAUGAGAAGAGAAGGAAAAGGUGGGAUAUUCAAAGGAUCAGGGAACAAAGAAUUUUACAGCGACUGCAGCUCAGAAUGUAUAAAAAGAAAGGAAUUCAGGAAUCUGAGCCUGAGGUUACCUCAUUUUUCCCUGAGCCAGAUGAUGUUGAAAGUUUGAUGAUUACCCCCUUCUUGCCGGUUGUAGCAUUUGGACGGCCAUUACCAAAAUUAGCUCCACAAAAUUUUGAGCUGCCCUGGUUGGAUGAACGUAGCCGAUGCAGGCUGGAGAUCCAGAAGAAGCAAACACCUCACCGGACGUGUAGGAAAUAGCUGUGCUGGCAAGAACUCUGUCUUCAGAUAGUUGUAGCAUGCCAUUCCCAGAGAGUGGCAGAGACCUGUUAUGUGACCUAUGUCCUCAUGUAUGUUAUCAUUUGCUGAUGAUGCCCUUCCAUACUCCCUUGAUUUUAGUUUUAUUUUUGUCACUCUGGAUUCACAAAAAGUCUUUCACUGGGCUAAUUGAGAAUUAGAGUGAUUGGGAAUUCUUUUCCCUUUUUGGGGAAAUGAGCUCUCAAGCUAAAUCUAUAGGAUGGUAGAUUUGGAAGUUUCAGGGUCAUUUCUACACAUUUGCCUAGGUUAAAGGUGUACAAGGGCUCUCUUCAUUCAACAUGUGGAAGAUGAAGCAACCCUUUCUAUUAGGAGCUGUGCCUGCCUGGCACUCUUGCUCUGGUAUACAUCCUAUGUAUAGUUGGCGCAUAGUGGUUUUGGACCUCACCAUGAGCUUUAGGACCAGAUGAGGAAUAAAUAACAGUGAAGUGAUAAAGCAAGUCGUUUUCACAGAAUAAGGUUAAAAUUGGAGAGUUGAUAGAUAAAUAUCUGAAAAGAUAAUUGUUCUCUUCAAACUAUUCUGUGAUAUAGGUUAGGUAAGAAGGGAUGUGUGGUUGUGACUAUUUUCUUUCUUAGUUAAUGCUUAACUGAAGUUCUUCCCUCACCCCUCAAAAAACAUAAUCUUUGAAAAGAGAAUGGAGAUGUUUGUUUCAGACAGUUACAGUGCUAAACAAAAGCAUUUAUCAUUUGGGGAUGGCAUGCCAGAACGUGUACAUGUCCUAGUGUCACAUCACUUCUCAAAUAUUCCUUAGUUGGGCUUUAUCCUCUUAGCUGAGCUCUUGGUGGUGGGGUAGAGAUAUAGGGUGGGAGGGGGGUGCAGAAUAUGUGCUUCCUUUGGCUGGCAAAUGUCUACAUCUUGAAACAAACAGAUGUCCCUAUUGAGCUUCUCUGUUCAUUUUGUAAAAGUAGAUUCGUGUGUGUACCAUCUUGGUCACCUUCCCCAUUUUGUUAAAAAGAAAUUUAAGGACAGAACUCCCAGGCCACUUUGGUCUCAGUGCAAGAUCCCCACUAACUAUCUGGGGGG